UGGGCACCACUGACUUAGAUGCUUUACUAAAUGCGUUGAUGUAUUAUUAGAACACAGGCCUCUGGACUCACACACACCAGUCUGACACUGACACACAAAAAGGUCAUGUGAAACGACUCGCAUUAGACGUGAAAUAACAAACAGAAAUCCACUGCAGUAACAAACUGCCAGGCAGUGGCAGAGUCCAGGAAUAUUAAACAGGCUGGAAACACAGGAUCACUGGAACACGCAGAAGGGGAUGAAGACCUCAUAUAUCCAGUAUAAGCCUAUAUAUAUAUAUAUAUUAUUCAGACGUUUAUGUCAUGUGAGUGAAGAAAUGCAGUUGUUUGAGUUUGUGUUUUCAAUCGGAUUUAAUUAAAAAAAGAAUAAUUAGUUGAAACAUUUUUUAUCGGUAAUUUUUUUAAUCAAUUACAAGAUAUUUCAGACAAUGCCAUUUGAAUUCUACGUGACCCCACAUGGGUUUGCGACCCUAAGGUUGAAAAAAAAAAACAAAGCUAACUUUUGUUCUUAAGUUCAAUUGUGUUAAAACUUAGGAAUGUUAUGAAGGAAUGUUGGCUAGAAAAGGACAAAAUCUCUCUCUAAUAUACAAAAUGUAUUAUUUUUUUUCCUCAGUGAUACCUUUCCUGGUCUUACCUUUGGUGUUGUGGGGUGCAGGAAGAAAGGGCUGUAUCAGGAUUUAAUGGCCUCACCUCUAAAUGACCUGUGCAAGAACUCUUUGGUGGUUUUUGUGGCAUUGUAGGACAAUAAGCAUCCAAAGGAAAAAUGGCAGACAUACAGUGAAUUACAGCAAAUGGAGCCUGUUAAAGAUGAUGAUUCACACUGUUCACCACGAAAAAUGUGAAGAAAAGACCCAGAGUGGUUCACAUUCUUUUCUAAUUCAUUCCUUAUUUUCUCUGGCAAAAACAUCUAAAGCAUCAAAAAUAAGUCUGCGUUUCAGACACACCGCUGUCUUACAUUCUGUGCAUGUCAUCGCCAACACUUCAGUCAGAGUGAAAGGCAAAAAAAAAAAAAAAAAAGUUUAGUGUCAUCUCUGAGCAGAGAGGAGGGAAAUAUUUGUACUUUUCCUGUUAAAAUCUGAAGCAUUUUCUGAAAUACAGUUCUCUGCUAUUCUCAUAUUUCCCGGGCCCCAUAAAAUGAAAACAUACAUCUGGACCCUGACAGAACAAACAUAAUGUUCCAGACCCAAACUGUGUUUUAUGUUUUGGAGCAUGUGUGUCAGGAUGGUGGGUGCACAUCUUGAGAGGGUGGGCCGGGGCUGACUGCAAACCCAACCCUCUGCUUGACUACAACUACCUUUCACUCUACUUCUCCUCCAGGUUUUCAUCCAUUCCCUUUGAGCAUUGACGAAGAACGAACGCUAACGGCCAACAAGUGGAGACACGUGCUGACAGAGCAGCAGUGACUGGAAUUGUUUUUCAGCGACUCCGACCUGAAUCUUCAGGAGUAAAACAAUUCCACGGGGAUCAGAUAGAGAGGGUGACACGGUGGCCGUGCUUCCCUGUGGUCAGAUCUUUUAAUAGGAAGACAAAUCCCUGCAGAGCUCAAGAUGCGUCCAGCAUCCUGCCUCCUGGGAGCCUCUGUGCUGUUCCUCCUGCUCUCCUGCGCUGACAUGAAAAGGUCAGGGAAGGGAAAAGGCCUGAAGGGAUUGCGACAUAAACUUACAAGGGACAGGUUAAGAGGUCCUGGACGUCAAAGCAGGUCGGAAUCCUCCAGGCAAAGGACACCUAACUGCACAGAGACCUUGGAAUCUGGUGAAGUAUUUGCAGACUGUCAGGAGCGACGCCUCACCUCUAUUCCCAUCUUUGAAACCUGGUCCAAAGAACCCAAGCACCUCCUUAUGGCACGUAACAGGAUCAAAUCCCUUCGAGAUGGGGCUUUCAUUCAGUACGGCAACUUAGUCACUCUGGAUCUGCAGCAGAACCAGAUCUCUGUAGUGGAGGACGGAGCCUUCCAAGGCCUGAGACAACUUAAAACGUUGCUGCUGCAGCAUAACAAUCUGGGCUCGAUAGCCGACGAGGCCCUUAUUCCCAUGCCAAAUCUUCGUUAUCUGCGUCUGUAUGAUAAUCCAUUGAAUUGCAACUGCAGCAUGGACAGCCUUGUUCGCACCCUUCAAGUCCCGAGUAACCGCAACUUAGGAAAUCAUGCCAGGUGUGCAGAGCCAAUCAGACUGAAAGGCACCAAGUUGAAACAAGUUGACCCCGAGUUACUCUGUAAAGAACCAGACCCAGCUAAUGAUCCACAGGGCGACCAAACUGGAAACUCACUCCCAGUAAAUCCAAUCCCAUAUCAGGGGAAACCAGAUGCGACUACAUCCUGCCACACUUAUCAUUUUCCCGAAAUGCGAAUGGACUGCAGCAAACGAGGUUUAACUGAGGUGCCUACAGGUAUUCCAGACGAUGUGGUUCAAAUCGAUCUCUCCUUUAAUUCAAUCCAUCGUCUCCGAGCCAAGGAUUUCCAAACUGCACGGAGCCUCAAGUCCCUUAACCUCAGCAAUAACAACAUUGAACACAUUGACCCAGCCUCCCUUUCUGGACUGCUGCACCUCCGGGAGUUAGACCUGGCCGACAAUGGUCUCCAUUUCAUCCAGUAUGGCGUUCUCGAAGACCUUUACUUCCUCUCGCAACUGAAACUGGAAGGAAACCCUUGGGUGUGUGACUACAGCAUCCACUACAUAGUGUACUGGCUGCACCUGCACCCUGGGGUGAGGGACUCCGGUCUGCUUUUUCGCCCCCCCCCCGUACCUACAAGGGGAAAGGGCCCGCACCAUUAUGUACAUUCCUACAACAGAGGGUGUCCAAAGGAUCGGCAGCAGAAUAAGGGAGAUCAAGAUACAACAGACCCGGAGUUGUGGAAUACACCGAUGGAGGCUCAGGGGGAGGUGGAAGAGGAGCUGGAGCCCAGUCACUUGAGGGUACCACAGAAGUACCAGAUCAUAAGACUGUCCUGAAAUCUGACCGUCUAAAAGGUUUUGGAUGCUCUUGGUCUUUUUUUACCCUUCAGUAUAGUAUAUAGUCUGUAUCAGAUGGAGUAACUAUGUGUUGCAGUGCUGCUUUUGCAUUUGUCUGUUUGUAUACUCAGAAUAUAUGAUUUGUUGACUUAGAGGAUGUCCGUUAUUCAGAUAUUUGAAAGCAUUUUCAGUGUGUUUUUGAUGUGGUACACAUAUGAAACUUAAGUUCAAACCUAAUUACGCGAUGCAUGUAAAGGAUCAAGGCCAUGCGAUUCCCAUGUUAACAAACAAAUUAUUGUUUGGUUAAUAAACAGAUAUUCAGACUAUGCUAUUCAA